CGAGUGUUUUGGGAAGGAAUGGAAAUGGCGAGAGAACAUGACGACUGCAUAGAAGGGAUACGCAGAACAAAAUUUUCCAUCGGAGGGGAACUGAUGGACACUUUGAAUGUGGAUCUUCAUCAGGCUGUCAAGAAUCUCUCUGCUGAACUUGACGCCAAGGAUGUCCAUUUUCUCAUGGAACUCAUUCAGAAUGCGGAAGAUAAGGAACAUAUGAUGGAUCCAUCGCUGGAGUUAGUUAUUACUUGUGAGGACAUGAUGAUCACGCCCACGGGAGCUCCUCCAGCAACAUUGAUGCUUAUUUUCAACAACGACACAGUUCUUUCUUCUGAAAACAUAUGCAGUUUUGGUCGGCCCAUCAAGAAAGUAGGAAAGAGAAAACGCGUUUAUAUUGGAGAGAAAGCUGCUAAACGUGGGAGAUAUAACCUUCUGCAAACGUUCUGGAGCACAAAGAUUGAGAGAACUCUCAACCAUAGAUUGGGGACAUUACCUGUUGGUUCAGAUUCAGAUGGAGUUUUGCUGUCCGACAGGAAGAUCGGUACUGUCCGAACUACAUCUAAUGAAUCAGUGAAGAAGGAAGAAGAAUCCAUGGUACUGGAUGUUGCUCAUCAUGAACAUAUCAUGAAUCAGGUGAAUCCAAAGGAUAGUUUGAUUAGGAAAGGGUUGGCUAGGCUCAUCCUUGGCUUUCUAGCAGAUCAUCCUAUGUUGAAGAUGGAAGCAGAUCAUCAUGAGAGCCGACAUGAAGCUAUGAAAAGGCUUCUGAAUGCGACUUUCAUCGAAAUUGUGGAAUUGAAAGUAAGCCAAAUGAUAGGUUGGGAUAGAUAAGAGGCAAGCUCAAUGCUUUACACACACAAGUUGGAGAAAUCCAGUGGAUAUUAUAAGAAUAUAAUUGAGUAUGCUACAUAUUUCUCCCAAGCAUUAAUAUCGGAGGGUUUGUUAUCGGAAAACAGCGAUCAUGAUAUUGGUGAACUCUCGGACCUGAUAAAGUUGUGCUUCGUACUUGAAUUUAAUGAGGAAGCAGUGGAAUUUGUGAUGAAGUCCAGGAACUUGCAGAUUUUCGUGGAGGACGAGGAGUUCCUCGCUUCACUCUUUCCUUAAUUAAUUACGGAUCCGGAUGUACU